UCUUUUUCAAUGUGAACAGAACAAACCGUUCACUCCAUUCCACUCUAAAAAAAAAAAAAAUUCAAAUCCAAAAUCAGAGUAAAUCCUAACAAAGAUUGAAACUUUAGAGAGAUGGAAGAGAAGAAUGGCCAUGUUAAUCAUCAUCAUCAUCAUUAUCAUCCUCUUUUGGGUGGUGAAAGAAGAAAAACCAGUUACAGCCAUGGUUUAUCUUCAGCUCAAAUUGAGUCACUUUCAGCCAUUUGUGAAGCUUUUAUACCUCCAAUUUCAAUGGAAACUCUUAACAAAGAAAACCCAUUUCAAAAAUCACAUCUUUAUUACUACCAAGCUUCUGGGGCUCAAUAUCCAAUUCAAGAUGAGGUGGGACAGUUGGCUGUGACAAAGGCUCUGCCACAGGCUGUGAGUUUAGUGAGGACAGUACUAAAGAUUCUGUCUUUCAGAUUGGGAAGUUUGUUGCUUUGUGGGAAACUUUGUUUGGAUUGGAAAUGGCCAUUUAUUCAUAAGUUUUGUGAAAUUUCAGUGGGAAAGAGAGAACAAAUUCUCAAGAAUUGGUCUAAGGAAAAAACACUAAUACCUCUAAGAUUAGUGUUUGUUUUGAUCAAACUUUUUUGCUUCUACACAUUCUUCUCAAGGGUUGAUGAAAACUCACAAAACCCAACAUGGGAAGCAAUUGGUUAUCACAUAGACACCAAGAAAAAUGUGACUAAAACUCAUAAGGAGAGACCACUUGAAAAUGGGGUCAUUGAAACCAUGUUGGAAACUGAUUCCUCUCUCAUUCAAUCACUCAAACAAAAAGGACUUGAAGUUACCGAAGAUCCCAACGACAAUAGCGUUUACAAAAUCAAAUGUGACGUAGUUGUGAUCGGUUCUGGCUCGGGUGGUGGAGUUGCAGCUGCAGUUCUAGCCAAGUCUGGCCAAAAAGUGAUUGUGCUUGAGAAAGGGAACUACUUUGUUUCACAAGAUUACUCUUCUUUAGAGGGCCCUUCAAUGAGGGAAAUGUAUGAAUCUAGUGGAAUUUUAUCAACUAAGGAUGGAAAAGUCAUGAUAUUAUCAGGCUCAACUGUUGGUGGAGGUUCUGCGAUUAACUGGUCUGCAUCUAUAAGAACACCGAGUAAUGUUUUGCACGAGUGGUCAGUUGAUCAUAAGCUUCCAUUUUUUGAAAGCUCUGAGUAUCAAUCCGCUAUGGAUGUUGUGUGUGAGAGAAUUGGUGUUACUAACAAUUGUACCGAAGAGGGUUUUCAAAAUCAAAUUCUUAGAAAAGGGUGUGAAAAUCUUGGCCUAAAAGUUGAUUCUGUUCCAAGAAACUCAUCCCCGGAUCAUUAUUGUGGUUCUUGCUGUUAUGGUUGUCCAACAGGUGAUAAAAAGGGAACUGAUUCGACUUGGUUGGUUGAUGCAGUUGAGUGUGGUGGCGCGGUGAUCUUAACAGGAUGCAAAGCCGAGAAACUUGUGUUGGAAAAGAAUCCUAAUAAGGGAAUAACAAGAAAGAAAUGUGUUGGAGUGAUUGCAAAUUGUUUAAACAACAAAAUCACAAGGAAGCUGCAAAUCGAAUCGAAAGUAACAGUUUCAGCUUGUGGGGCUCUCUCAACUCCUCCUCUGCUGAUCAACAGCGGUCUUAAGAAUCAAAACAUAGGCAAAAACCUUCACCUCCACCCUGUCCUCUUCACUUGGGGCUACUUCCCGGAAGAAAACACAGAAUUCAAAGGCAAAAUCAACGAAGGAGGAAUCAUUACUUCACUCCACCGAGUUGUUUCGGGGGAAAAUACAACAAGGGCAAUUAUAGAAACACCUGCAAUAGGACCUGCUUCAUUUGCAGCAUUGUUUCCUUGGAUCUCAGGAGCUGACAUGAAAGAUAAGAUGUUAAGAUAUUCAAGAACAGCUCACUUGUUUUCGCUUGUGAAAGAUGAAGGUUCUGGAACUGUGAAAGAAGAAGGAAUGAUUGAUUACAGAUUGAGCAAAGUUGACAAAGACAAUCUCCAAAGUGGGCUAAGGCAGGCAUUGAGAAUCUUGGUGUCAGCUGGUGCAGUUGAAGUGGGUACCUACAGAAGUGAUGGGCAGAAAAUAAAGUGCAAAGGGAUUAAAGAUAAAGAGUUUGAAGAGUUUUUGGACUCAGUUACUGCUGUUGGUGGUCCUAGCAGCAGAGGAGAUUACUGGACCAUUUACUGUUCAGCUCACCAAAUGGGAAGUUGCAGAAUGGGAUCCAAUGAAAAAGUUGGAGCUAUUGAUGAAAAUGGUGAGAGUUGGGAAGCUGAAGGUUUGUUUGUUUGUGAUGGGAGUGUUUUGCCAACAGCUAUUGGGGUUAAUCCAAUGAUUACUAUUGAAUCUACUGCUUAUUGCAUCUCUAAGAAGAUUGCAGAGUCAUUAAAAAUGUAAUCUUUAUUGUGUUAUUAUGUGUAUCUAUUAUUGAUUGAGAUAAAGUUAUUAUAUAAUUAUUAUGAGUGAGCA